CUUGGCUGGGUAGGUACUGUACGUCCAAAAAGCAGAGCAGCAUCAUGGGCUGCAACAAUAGCAAGGAAGAGCCCCGUGAGUCGCAGCGACCGCUCACUGCCAAUGAAUACUACCCUGCACCUCCACCAGGCAACUUUCAGCUGCCACGGAGCAACAGUGGGUUUGCCCAAAGCCACCGGGGCUUUCCUGGCAUCAGUGGCAGGCGUCAAUUGUCCGCAGCACCAGCACCGGCAGUGCAGGCUUCAGACAUGGACAUCGUGUACGCGCCGCUGUUGCAACUAAAGAAGUUUUGGAUCGACCCCGAUGAUUGCGGCAGCUCCCGCGCGCUCAAGUCGUCGUACAUGCAUACCCACGUCGGGUAUUAUCAAGGCCACCCCACUGUCAUCAAGUCUUUCCUUGGGUUCAACAAGCGACCAGCGAAUGUCGUGGAGAAGGAGAGAAACGACCUCAUCAAGGAAAUACGAGCGCUGUCCAAGCUGUCGCACCCCAACAUCGUGGCGUUUUUGGGCUUCACAUACACGACCGUGGACAAUCUCAAGUGCGUGACAGAGUUCAUGGACGGCGGCAACCUCCGCACACUGCUCAACAACCCCAAGCGCGAGCUGAGCUGGCGGCGGGAAAAACUGACUAUCGCGUUGGACGUGGCGUCCGCCCUCCAGUACUUGCACAGCCUCAAGCCCAAAAUCAUGCACCGCAACAUCAAAGCAGAAAAAGUACUUCUCACGGCGUCGCUCUCGGCCAAACUCUCGGGAUUUGGGUCGGCUCGGGAAUGGAGCUACACGCAAACGAUGACGCAAAAGGUCGGGACCAUCGAGUGGUCGGCGCCCGAACUGCUGCUCAACGAAGAUUACAACGAAAAGAUCGACAUUUAUUCAUUCGGGGUACUUCUCGUGGAAUUGGACACGCGGGACUUGCCGUAUGCGAAUGCCCACCCUGACACGUCCAAUGCGCUCGUAACCAACAUCAUCACCGGCGUCGUCCGGCCCACGGUGAGCCCGUCGUGCCCGAAAUCCAUCAGCAAACUCGUCCGCGCCUGCCUUCAACUCGACUCGUUGCUGAGACCGUCGGCCGACGCCAUUGUCCAAGUGCUUCGAGAAGAGCAGGCGCGCGUGGCGGAUGCCGUCGUGGAGAAGCUGCAGAUCAAACACCAGAUAUCGUCCCGCGCCCCCCGCAGCACCGUGUCGUCGUCAUUGUUUGACACUUCACAUCCAGAUUUCAAACACCUGGCGCCCCUGCGGACGAACUUUUGGAUUCACGCGCGGGACUGCGUCGUGUCGCGGCAGAUCCCGUCGUCGUACAUGAGUACGUUGCUGGGGCACUACCGCGGCGACGCGGUGGUUGUCAAGACGCUCAACCUGACGCUUCCCCACGAGUACGUGGCCCAAGACCGCAAGUACCUUGUCCGGGAAAUCGUCAUGAUGGCCAAGUUGGCGCACCCAAACAUUGUCGCGUUUCGAGGGUUCACGUUCACCACGAAAGACGACCUCAAAUGUGUGACAGAGUUCAUGGCCGGCGGGACGUUGCGGGCGCUGCUGGACAAGAAGAAGCGCGAGCUGACGUGGCACAGUGAAAAGCUCCGACUCGCCAUGGACGUCGCGCUGGGGCUGGCGUACUUGCACGGCCAAGCACCGACCUUGAUGCAUCGCAAUAUCAAGGCGAGCAAAGUGUUGCUCACCCCCGGCCUAGGUUCAUUUACUUCUUCUCGUGAACAUGUUGCAGGACGUGACGAUGGAACAUGUAGGUGCCAAACUGUCUGGGUUUGGGUUUGCCAGGGUGUGGACGUCGCAGGAAACCAUGACGGCGGCCGUGGGGACCAUGGAGUGGGCCGCGCCGGAACUGUUGCGCAACGAAGACUACAGCAUCCCCGCCGACGUGUAUUCAUUUGGUGUACGUACCAACCAUACUGUAUUCGAAAGACAAUUGACGGGAUAGCCUGAAGUGUCUAACGUUCCUUGCCCCGCAGGUGCUCUUGACGGAGCUGGACACGCGGUUGAUUCCGUACGCCGACAUCAGAGACCAAGGCGCGUCGCUCUCGGACGAGUCGUUGAUGGUGCAAAUUGUCACUGGGAAGCUGCGGCCCACCGUGUCUCCGUCGUGUCCGCGGCCGAUUCAAAAGCUCAUCCACUCGUGUCUUCAUGUGAACCCGGCCCAACGACCCACCAUGGCCGCCGUCGUGGCCAUCCUCGAGCAAGAGAAGCUCAUCAAGAUGGGACUGUAACCUGUAACGUGACCUUGUUGAAGGUGGUAAUGCCACGUGGAUUUACAGUCAAGUUGAAACCCCCACUCAUAUGAUGACUCGAA